GGUUUCUUUCUUGCGGAUCAAUUCCAACCGGCAACGAGAGAGGCGACACGGGUCGGGAAGAGGAGAGAGCUCGUCGGCGGCGGAGGGCGAGGGGGAUGGCGCCGGCGGGGAGGGGGUGGAGCCGGACGCUGGGGAACACGCGGUCGUUCGUGGGGAACGCGCUGGGCGGCCUCCGCGGGUGGAGCAACCUCGCGUCGUGGGCCGUCGCCGGAACCCUCGCCUACUACCUCUGGGUCAAGCCGGCGAGGCAGCUCCAGAAGGAGCAGGAGGAGAGAGCUGCGCUGGCUGCAGCUUCGGAUCCUUACCGUUAUGUUGAGAAACGAAAGCCAAUUCCUGACCCUCAGGAUACUGGCCUAAUUUAUGGGAAGAAGAAGGAUCCUACAAAAUCUGACAACUAGCACAUCUGAGAAUACCCUGUACCAAAACGCCCCACUCCAUACAAGUUUUCGGGGCAACAUGACAAGAGUACGGUUUUAAUGCAGUUCUGAUGCUGCAUGAUGAAAUAUUUCAUAAAUCUGUUGCUUCUACAUGCAACCAAACCAGGACUGAACAAUGUUGAGCUCACAACUUUGUAUUGUGUUUACUAGGAUAGAUGUCGUUGCCUACUACUGGCUGGACAAGAGGAAUGUAAAUUCAUUCAGAAUAGGGACAGCGUUGUAUGGUUUUGCUAGCUAGAUGUUUUACAUAUUUAUGAA